AUGUCCGGUAAUUCAGAGGUUAAAAGACUUCUAGGCGAGGCUGCAAAGUUUUACGCGGCCAAAGAUUAUGAAAAGUCCACGAAUCUGUACUCCGAAGUUAACGCGUUGCACGAUGCGUUGAAAGGUGAGAGCAAUGCAGAUUACCUGUUUUUGUAUGGUAAGUCACUCUACCAGCUAGCACUGAGCCAGUCUGAUGUUUUCGGCGGCGAACAAGACGAAGAAGAAGGUGAAGAUGCCGACGAUGAGGGCCAUGACUCUAAAAAGAAAGAACUGUACCAGUUCAGCGCAGCUGUGGCUGAAGGUGAAGAUGCGGAUUUGCAGCCCUCGGAAGAGCCGGGGCAAGACGAGGGAGCUCAGGAUGCACUAAAGGAACAGGAGGACGACGACGAACAACCAGAGAUGGCCCAGACGUCAGAUUUUGAAAGUGCAUGGGAACUACUGGAACUGGCGCGCUCCUUGUAUGAGAAGCAGUCAGAAGGUCCAGCUACCAUCGAAAAGCUUUCCGAGACAUACGACAUCCUAGGAGAAAUUUCGCUUGAGACUGAAAAUUUCCCGCAAGCCAAACAAGAUUUUGCCAAAAGCCUUGAGCUGCGUCUCAAAGCAUAUGCAGGUGAGGAUCCAGCUCACAGGCUCAUUAUCGAGUCCCACUACAAACUUUCAUUGGCACUCGAGUUUGAUCCUUCAGAAAGCACCCAGUGUCAGCAAGAGCUGGAAAAGGCAAUUGCCCUAUUGGAGCUACGCAUCAAGGACGGCAAGGCAGAAAAAGAUGACCAAGGGCUUCUGGAAGAACUUAAGCUGAAGUUCAAAGAAUUAAAGCUGACCGAAGAAUCGCUGGAGACCAUCAAACAACAAAGCAUGGCGCAAAUCAAAAGCGUCCUUAGCGGAACUGCACCAGUAAACGAUUUGACGUCUAUGGUCAAGAAGCGCAAACCCAAGCAGCCGGAUGUUACCGAGAACGAGCACGCCAAGAAGCCUAAGAAAUGA